AUGCCACCAUCCUGCAGCCUGCAGGCCCUCCGUUGCUCAGGCAUCGAUGCCAUCAUCGACGAGACAAACCUCAACGCCCUCGUCUCUGACACAUCCGGUUGGGUGCAGGCCAACUUCCAGCCAUACUUGGGCAAUGUUAUGUUCAAGUACAGCACCGUCGGCAACGAGGUCGAAGGCGGUGAUACGCAGAAGAUCCUCCCGGCCAUGCAGAACCACAACACCGCGCGCUCUCUGCGGCAGGCCUCAGCAGCAUCAAGGUCCCAUCGUCAAGUUCUUGGCGAGCAACGGUUCACCGCUGCUGGCCAACGUCUACCCUUGGCCUACAAGGAUGCAAAUGGUCAAAUCGACCUCAACUACGCGCUCUUCAAGGUAGGCGCGUCAAACGUGUUGAUCGUCGUCGUGUCGGAGAGCGAGUGGCCAUUGGAUGGCGGCUCCGUGAAAGGAAUCGGUGUUCGUAGCUUAAAGAGGAGAAGAGGGUAA